UGACCAUAAAAGGUAAUUGGAGUAUACAUACGUCAAACCCUAAUCAUAUGUCCUUGAAUAGAAAUAUCAUAAUUGGUUGAAAUUUAUGCAUUGUGGGAGUAAAGUCACCUUUUUAAGUACUUCAUUAAAUAGGGUUUGCAUUCUUCCUCUCUCUUUCUCCACAAAGAUUCACCACACAAAAGCUUCAUUACUCAUGUCAUGGACAUGAUCAACCACAUAAAUAAUAAUAAUAAUCACCAUACUCCUAAUACUAAUAAGUUCCCUAUAAGCAACUAUAACUCCACCACCUUCAAUUGUGAGAAAGAUCAUCUUAGCAUUACCAUGGACAUGGAAGAUCAUCAUCAUCAUCAACAACAACAUCAUCAUCAUCAUCAACAACAAAACCACCAUGUUCUUAUGCCUUUAGUUGAUCCAAUAUGGCCAACAUACCAUGAUAACCUUCCUACACUACCACAUGAGCCAUCUCCACCAUCCAUUAUUAUCCAACAUCCUAAUAAUACAUCACCAUCAUCAUCAUCAUAUAUGAUGAAACCUUCAUUACAAGAGCAAGUAAUAGAUGAAGAUGAUGAAGAAGUAGAGGAAGAAGAGGAGUUAGGAGCUAUGAAAGAAAUGAUGUAUCGGAUCGCGGUUAUGCAACCCGUGGAUAUUGACCCGGCAACCAUCCGUAAGCCUAAAAGAAGGAAUGUCCGGAUCAGCAAUGACCCGCAAAGCGUCGCGGCUCGUCAUAGGAGGGAGAGAAUAUCCGAAAAAAUUCGGAUUCUCCAACUUUUAGUACCCGGGGGUACUAAAAUGGAUACUGCCUCUAUGCUUGAUGAGGCUAUACGUUAUGUUAAGUUUCUUAAGAGGCAAAUCCGUAGACUUCAAUAUGGAUCAUCCUCUAAUAAUAAUCAUAGCCACCACAACAACCACCACCCGCCACCUUUACCGGCCUUACCGCAAUCCGAUUGGCCGCCUCCACCGCCCUCGGCCUCGCUUGUGAGCUCUAGGAAUGACUCCAAAGAUGUACAACAUCAUCAUGAGGGGAUGAUAUUUCAACAUGGAGGUAAUAUAUCUUAUUAUGAGACUAGCUAAUUAAUUAGUUAUACUUCCUCCGUUCUGAAUUACUUGCAAUACUUGACAAAAGAUGUGAGAGCUUUUCUGUCAAAGUGUUGUAAUUAACAUGAAACGGAGGAAGUAUCUAUAUUCCUUAGGAAGUUAAGGUGGUUGUAAUUUGUAAAAUCAUUAACAUUAUUGGAAGACAACUAUAAUGCUAUAAGAGGACUAGCAUUACAAUUAAAUCAGGGAACUGUUUUA